UAAGGAUAUCUGACAACGGAAAUCAGGGGGAUACGCUGCGCUGUGCUGUUACUGGUUUCUACCCCCCUGAAAUUCACAUUGAUUGGUUGGAAGAUGGAAUUAUUCUUGAACAAUCUGUCAUGGAUAGAGUUAUGACAAGUAAAGACCAAUGCUAUCAAACUAACAGUACCAUUACAAUUAAUAAAUCCAAUACGCACCAGAGCAAGACCUACUCAUGCAGAGUCCGACAUGCAUCUCUCCUUGAGCCUCUUCAGGAAGAGUUUCAUUUUAACAAAACAGAGUCAUCCAUAAAAUAUACCCUGGCUGUGCCCAUUGUGUUGAGUGUAUUUGUACUUAUACCAAUAACUAUCUACGGAAUGAAAAAAUACAGGAAAAAAGGAUACACAGAUACUGAAGCCAGUGGAGAACCCAGCAGUAAAACUGAAGCAGUGAAAAACAUUCAUGGGGAGUUUUCAGAGACCAAUACCUGGUACACAGAAGAUGAAAAGCCACUGCUUGGAAGUGAAUCAAACAGGACUAGGACACCAUCCUUCAGUAAAAAUAGCCACAAUGAUGAUAAUACAGGACCACUUCGAGAGUUUCUGUUGAUGCUUGGGUUUGAAAAUAGUAGAACCUCAAAACUGUCACACAGAGAACACCUACAAGCUGAAACUGGUAAAAAGUUUGAUAUUGGGAUAUUAAAGGAUGUUGCCUGGCACAUACUACACAAAAUUAUGGCUCUUAACAGUACUGCACGAAGCAUAAAUCUAGAUAACACAAAAGAAACAGAAGAUGAUGGGGAGUUUACUGUGGAAAAUGUAUUUGAUGACACUGAAGAAUCAAAUUCUCUCCAUGCUCUUGAUGUUAUAUGUGCCCUCCUGCAUUGUUCUGACCAUUUUUUUCAACAAGAGAUAAUAACAAAGAUGUCUAUGUGUCAGUUUGCUGUCCCUAUACUAUUGCCUGCUGGUAAAGGGUACCAUUGCACCUUCAUGCUGUGGACAUUGAGAGGUAUAGUGAAGAGAUGGAAAUCUCAAUAUCUAUCUGAAAAUGGAGAAUUAGUAGAAGACAGCUUGGUGAACAAAUCAACACCAAUAUUUUCUUUUAUGAGGUUUGGAGAAUAUUCCAUAUCAAAAUCCCAAAUUUUGAACCAAAUCAUUAGCCCAGAAGGGCAGCAUCAUGCCUUCUUUAUACAUAGAGAUAUGAAUGGUGGAAACACAAAAAGAAAAAUCUCUGAUGGAUUGGUGGAAUUAUCUUGGUAUUUUCCAGCUGGUAGUAGUUUAGAUCUCUUCCCCAAACCCCUAUACAUUGCAAACCUACGAGGAGACCUUCAGAGUAACAAAACACAAACCCAGUUCCUCAAGAAGAUUUCAGCAACUGUCUUUAUAUUUGUUGAUAAUGCAGAAGUAGCCAGCAAACAUUUCACAGAUAUUGAUAUUUCAGAUGCAAAUUAUUUUUUCAUUGUGAGUGUUCACUCUGAAAUAACAAAAAGGAGCUUCAAGAAUUUCCUAGAGAAGUUGUCACAGCUAAAAAAUAACAACUAUCUCUUCACUGUGUGCAAAAAUAGUGCAGGGAAAAAAAUCUGCGAAUAUCUGCUAAAAUUAUUUCCAGAUCUUAUGGUGAAAAAAAGAAUUCUGGUAUUGGUACCAAACAGAUCUCCAGACAUACAAAUAGCCAAAAAAUUGCAGUUAAUUAUAAAAGAACAAAUGACAACUGAACUAAAUUGCAAUACACUUGAGAAACUUUCAAAUGUGGCUCAUGAAACUGGAAUUCAUAUUGAUGAAGAGUUGAAGGAGUGUAAGAAUGCAAGAAAACUGGCAGAGGCCAUUACUAAAGAUAUAAAGGAUGUAGCAAGUUAUAAGAAGGAAACAAUGAAACUACAGGGAGAAUUGUGGAAACGAUUGGCUACCAUUGAAAAAAAAAUGAUCAGAAUGUCUAAGCAAAAUAUCAUGUCUGAGGAGGAAUACAAGUCAAAACUUCGUAGGGAAAUUUUCAACUUGCGCAAACAACAAAGUCAGCAGAAACUUUCUGAUGGUAUGAAACAAUUUCUAGAGGCACUUAAUUGUCUGUCUCAAUUAGAAAUACAUUAUUUCUUGUACUGGAUGAGGUUUUAUCUUGACCAGCUGUCCAGAAAAAAUAUAUUACAGUCACAUCUUCAACUGCAUCAAGACAAAAGUGUUGGUGAAAGUAUAACUGAGAGAAAUCUUGGAAUUGAACAUUUUUUACGUGAAUUAGGACAAUUUUAUGAAGCUAACGAUUGGAUGUUGAAGCAUGGAGAAACUCUUUUAAGUUCCAAUCAGUUUAGUCGUUUCCCAUCAAUAGCUGCUGAUCUGUUGCUGGAUGGCUUCCCCUUGGAGCUUAUUGAUGGAGUUGCUUCCAACAUCCCCAUACAGUGGAUUACUGAUGUCUUUAUUGAGCUAGACACCAAGUCAGGAGGAGAAUGCAGAUUAAAAGUAGUAACUGUGCUUGGAAUGGAGAAUACAGGAAAAUCCACUCUUCUGAAAGCCAUGUUUGGCAUUGGCUCGGUGGCCAAAGGAGGAUGUACAAGAGGAGCCUUCAUGACUCUUUGUAAAGUUCCAAAGAACUUUCAGGGGGAGUUGGGCUGUCAUUUUAUUUUGUUGAUAAAUACAGAAGGCCUGAGAGCUCCAGAGUUGGCCUCACUGGAGGAUAGCUACAAACAUGACAAUGAACUCGCAACAUUAGCAGUUGGGUUGAGUGAUGUCACUAUUGUCAAUAUAUCCAUAGACAAUAAAUCAGAUGUGAAGGACAUUUUGCAAAUUGUUAUCCAUGCUUUUAUAAAGAUGAAAGAAAUUAGGAAGAAACCCAGCUUUUUGUUUGUUCAUCAGAAUGUCAGCAAUUUGUCGGCUCAUGACCAAAACGUAAGAGAUGAACUACUAAUGGAGGAACUUGACAUAAUGACAAGAAAAGCAGCAAAAAUGGAGAAUAAAACUGAUGUCACAAAGUUCUCUGAUAUUAUGGAAUAUGACACCAAAAACCACAACUGGUAUAUCCCUAACUUGUGGCAUGGAGUCCCUCCAAUGGCCUCUAUCAGCACCGAAUACAGUAUAAAGGUUUCUGAAUUUAAAAGUCAUUUGUUGACGGUUGUAAAACAAAAAGCAUAUUCUGAGUGUCAUCACAUCAGAAACUUUACCACAUGGAUACAAGAUCUGCGGGAUAAAGUCAAGUAUGAAAAAUUCAUUUUCGAAUGUAAAACCAACAUGGGAGCCUCUGAAUAUGAUACUUUAUGGAAACAGUUUUCAAAAUUAGAGUGGAGCUUCAGGGAAGCAAUGUACAGUUGGAUGGCUGAGACAGAGAGAGCAAUACAAAGUCAGACGACUGAUGUGCAAAAAGAUGAGUUAUGGAGCCUUCUACAGAAAAGUCUAAAGCAAGAGCUACAAGAGCAAGCAGAUACAAUGAAAACAUCGCUGAAUGAAUACUUUGAAAGGGAAGUGCCAUACAGUUUGUCAGAAGUAAAAUUGAAAGAGGAAUUUGAGGUUAAGAUAUCAGAAAUACAGAAUUCAAUGCAGUUGUACCUAAACAACAAGUGCAUGGAACUUGUCUGUUAUCAAACCGCUAGAAGUAAGUACGAAAACAUGCAAAAUAUUUGUGAGAAGAGGAGGUCACAGUCCAUUGGCCAAAGCAAAGUCAACGAGUGUUCAGAAAAACUUGAAAAGUCACAAGAUGAAAAAACAUUAGAAGAACUUAAAUUAGAGAGCGAGAAAAUGCUCAGUAUCCAUAAACUGAUGCAGGAACAGAUUGAUACAUUUGAUUACACCAGUAAUCAACUUGGAUGAUUUGGACAACAGUGUGAAUUAAGAUUUAAAAAUUAAAGUAUCUAAAGCCUAAUUGUUUAACCACCUCAAUGCAGGGCACUUAAACCCCCUAACUGCCCAGGCCAUUUUUCAUCUUUCAGGGCUG